UUAAUACGUUACAUAAAACCCUACUUGAGCCCAUUUUUUUUUACCGCCAAAACCUGUGCUCAAAAAUAUCUUAUUUUUGGGCAUAGGUUUUUCUGGUCCAAGUGUAUCUUGUCUUUACCACGAACAAAUUUCCUUGGUUAACAAUAAUUGUAGUUUUACCAAUAUUUGCGGGUUCCUUUAUUUUAUUUCUUCCACAUAAAGGAAAUAGGGUCAUUAGGUGGUAUACUAUAUGUAUAUGCAUGUUAGAACUUCUUCUAACAACCUAUGCAUUCUGUUAUCAUUUUCAAUUGGACGAUCCAUUAAUCCAACUAGUAGAGGAUUAUAAAUGGAUCAAUUUUUUUGAUUUCCGUUGGAAAUUAGGAAUAGAUGGACUAUCUAUAGGACCCAUUUUAUUAACAGGAUUUAUCACUACUUUAGCUACUUUAGCAGCCUGGCCUGUUACUCGGGAUUCUCGAUUAUUCCAUUUCUUGAUGUUAGCAAUGUACAGUGGUCAAAUAGGAUCAUUUUCUUCUCGGGACCUUUUACUUUUUUUCAUCAUGUGGGAAUUAGAAUUAAUUCCGGUUUAUCUACUUCUAUCCAUGUGGGGAGGAAAGAAACGUCUCAACUCAGCCACAAAAUUUAUUUUAUACACGGUGGGAGGUUCCAUUUUUCUCUUAAUGGGAGUUCUGGGUGUCGGUUUAUCUGGUUCUAAUGAACCAACAUUAAAUUUUGAAACAUCAGUGAAUCAAUCGUAUCCUGUGGCUUUGGAAAUAGUAUUCUAUAUUGGAUUUUUUAUUGCUUUUGCUGUCAAAUUACCGAUUCUACCCCUACAUACAUGGUUACCAGAUACCCACGGAGAGGCACAUUACAGUACUUUUAUGCUUCUAGCCGGAAUUUUAUUAAAAAUGGGAGCGUAUGGAUUGAUUCGGAUUAAUAUGGAAUUAUUACCACACGCUCAUUCUAUAUUUUCUCCUUGGUUGAUGAUAGUAGGUACAAUACAAAUAAUCUAUGCAGCUUCAACAUCUCCCGGCCAACGCAAUUUAAAAAAAAGAAUAGCCUAUUCCUCCGUAUCUCAUAUGGGUUUCAUACUUAUAGGAAUUGCUUCUAUAACCGAUACGAGACUCAAUGGAGCUAUUUUACAAAUAAUCUCUCAUGGGUUUAUUGGUGCUGCACUUUUUUUCUUGGCAGGAAUGAGUUAUGAUAGAAUACGUCUUGUUUAUCUCGACCAAAUGGGCGGAGUAGCUAUCCCCAUGCCAAAAAUAUUUACGAUGUUUAGUAGUUUUUCCAUGGCUUCGCUUGCAUUACCGGGUAUGAGUGGUUUUGUUGCAGAAGUUAUAUUCUUUUUAGGAAUAAUUACCAGCCAAAAAUAUCAUUUAAUGCCUAAAAUUGCCAUCACUUUUGUAAUGGCAAUUGGAAUGAUAUUAACUCCUAUUUAUUCAUUAUCUAUGUUAAGCCAGAUGUUCUAUGGAUAUAAGUUAUUUAAUACUCCAAACGCUUAUGUUUUUGAUUCUGGACCGCGCGAGUUAUUUGUUUCGAUCUCCAUUUUUCUACCUGUAAUAGGUAUUGGUAUGUAUCCGGAUUUUGUUCUUUCACUAUCAAUUGAAAAGGUUGAAGUGUUUGCUGUGGUGGAAUCGGAAAAGGAAUGGACAAAAAGCUCAAAAAUUGAAUCAACUGGAUUGAGGAGAAAGGAAAGAUCUUACAUUAACAAAAGUCUUCUAACCCUUGGAACUCUGGAUUUGCAGGGUGAUUUCAUUCAAUACAUUGGGAGAAAGACACCUCGAGAAAGCCUCACCAAAUUCACUUCGACAAGAUUUUGGUUACUCUGCAUCAGAGAUUUACACAAUGAGGUUGCAGUUAGCUUAGGCCAUGAUACAAAUUUCUUUGCAUCCGGAGAUUUAAAAAGGCAUUCUCUUACCAAAGAUCAAUCUAUUUUUGGACCCACUAUAAAACUUCCACAUCACAUCUUGACUGAGACAUGCCUUACUGACACUAAGGUCACUGACCACAUUGAGGCCAUGAAGUAUAUUCAACCUUAUAGUUCUACCCCGCCUAGCCCCUUAGCACAAUCUGAAAGGUAUGUCCCCGAACCUAAGUCCAAGAAAAUCAAAACGUUUACAAAGAAGAAGUCUACACGCAAAAUGAUUAUGAAGAAAAGCAUCAGAGAACCCAAGGGAACCGAAGAAACUCAACAUAUUGAAGAACCCAUCAUUAAUGAGGAACCACUCCAUACCGCAAAACUAAUUCUUACCGAAGAACAUAGAGACACCGCAGAACAAAUUCCAUCUGAAUCACUAAACAUCUUCAGAAAAAGAAAGAUGAAACUCCCACCCCACCUUUCCCAAAAGCAAGCCAAACUAGACACAGAAAUCUCUCAAAAGACUCUGAUUGAUGUUUGA